UCUGAGGACUUCAAGAUGAAGUAUGCGAAAGAGCAGGCCAUGAGGAUGGCAGUGGAGGCAGACAUCAGUGGUCUGAGGAGGGUCCUGGAUGACAUGAACCUGGGCCGCUCUGACCUGGAGAUGCAUUACGAGGGUCUGAAGGACGAGCUCAUCAUGCUUAAGAGGAGCCACCAGGUGGAGAUUGCCCUGGUGAAGACCCACGUGGGCGGCCAGGUGAAUGUAUCAGUGGAUGCUGCCCCAUCCCAGGACCUGAACGCAGCGAUGACCGAGAUUAGGAAGCACUACGAGUCUGUGGCCAUCAAGAACCGCAAAGAGCUAGAAGCCUGGUACCAGGGCAAGCUGGCCACAGUGGAGAUUGAAGUCAUGACAAACAAUGAGCAGCUGAAAUUCUCCCUGGAGGCCACGCUGGCAGACACCCAGAAACGCUACUCUGCUCAGCUGGCAGGGCUCCAGAGCAUGGUGACUAGCCUGGAGCUCCAGCUCUCCCAGCUCCACGCCAACAUCGCCCACAACAAGCAGGAGUACGACAUGUUUCUGAACCUCAAGACCCGGCUGGAGCUGGAGAUUGCAGAGAACAGGAGGCUGCUGGACGGAGAGGACGACAGUUCCACCCAAGGGGUUACCAAGAUGAUCACCGUGACCCAGACCAUUGUGGAUGGAAAGGAUGUCAGGGGGCGGAGCCGGGAGGGUCGUCAGCGAGGUGGGACGCACCUGGGCUCAGGUGGUUCCUCUCCCUGUUCCCUCGGUGCUCGGGGGUCGGCGUCACCGGCCUACUAGCCAUAACCGAUCCAUGUUUCCUUUUCCAUUUGUUUUGUCUUUGGUUCAUUCACACCUGGUUUUCAUUUGCUUUAAUUUAUGUGUGUAUAUUUAACCCUGUUUCCCUGCUUAGGUUUGUGCAGGAUCAUUUUUCUUCUUGCUUGUGGAGGCUUUCCUCAGUGUAUUUCGCGUGUGGUUAUUAUAGUAAGGUGCGUUGUGUUUUUGCGCCUUACGAGAAUACUGUUACUUCCCAUUGUUUUGGGGUAUUGUACUGUACUGUGUUUUUGGACUUGCCCUGAUUAAAAUAUACGCUACACUGACA